UGGUGUUACAGAGUGGGGUUACACGGUCCCAUGACAGGUCUCAUGAUUUUCUGAGUGGCCGCUAGCGCUCAUGGGAAAUGGAGUUUUUUUUUAGAUUGACGGACUGAUUGAUAAAUGGUUGGCUUGCUGCGUGCGUGCGUGCGUGUGUGUGUGUGUGUGUGUGUGUGUGUGCAGUCGGGAUAAUGUCACACUAAAGAGUCUGCAUGACAUUCCGAGGAUGACAGAGUCCACAAGGAAGAGUCAUGGUUGGCAGAAGAGUGAGAGAAUAGAAGCCUUCUUCUGCUAUGGUUUAACAUUAACGGCCAAUGCUUUGUGAGCAGUGUUGGUGCGACGCUGUUUCUCUGUAGCCAAAGGAGUAGGAAUAACAUUCUGCCAGCUUUUCACCAUGGUCGACACGGAGUUUGGACAAGAUGAACCCCUGUUCCCAAGUGGCUCCGUGGGCAGAAGCAUCUGCCAACAGUACGGAUCCAACCCAUCCCCGUCUCAAAGCCACAGUCCACAAGAUUUUAUUUGCAAUGGGAACAUUUCACCAGUUAACUCCAGUCUCGAUUAUGAGCCACAGGAGACAGACUUUCUGCUCCCAAAUCUACUGUACGGUAGGUCAACACUCAGCGGAUCCCCGGGACCGAAAGAGGCAGGUGGCUCCGCUGCGCCGGCUGAGUCAGUCUGUUGUAUGGUGCUUCAGAUCCUGGUGCCGUUUGUCCUGGCCGGGCUCGGGACCGUCUCUGCUGGGAUGCUGCUUGAAGUGGUUCAGAACUGGGACGUGUUCCAAGAAAUCACAGAGAUCUUCAUCCUAGUCCCUGCACUGUUAGGCAUGAAGGGGAACCUGGAAAUGACUCUGGCCUCAAGACUCUCCACUGCUGUGAAUGCAGGAAAAAUAGAAACCACGAGAGAAAAGUGGUUGCUGAUCGGUGGGAACCUGGCGCUGAAGCAGCUUCAAGCCACCGUGCUCGGCCUGUUAGCCUCGUUGAUGGCGACGUUGCUGGGCUUGAUGGCAGAAGGAAAUGUUCCUUUACACCACGUGAUGCUCCUAUGUUCAACCAGUGUUUCAACUGCCUUCAUGGCUUCACUGUUGCAAGGCAUUGUCAUGGUAGCAGUGAUCAUUGGCUCAAAGCGAAUGGGGAUCAACCCUGACAACGUGGCCACACCUAUGGCUGCCAGCUUUGGGGAUCUCAUCACUCUUGCAUUGCUGGUCUGCUUCAGCCAGUGGUUCUACUCCCUCAUGGACCUAUAUCCGCACGUGUUGUACCUGGUGGAUCUGUUGUUUUUGUGCCUGGUUCCUCUCUGGGUGGUCAUCUCCUCCAAACAUCCAGCCAGUCACAUCCUGCUCCGCACAGGCUGGGAGCCAAUCAUUACAGCCAUGGUCAUCAGCAGUAUUGGAGGACUUAUUUUGGACAAGACUGUGUCAAAUCCAAACCUCGCAGGAAUUAUAGUUUACGCUCCCGUCAUAAAUGGUAUUGGAGGAAACCUUGUCUCCAUUCAGUCUAGUCGCAUUUCUACUCAUUUGCAUUUGAAUUACUCACCUGGAGAGGUUCCUGAAGACCGUAAGGGUUGCUACAGCCCGUGCCGCACUUUCUUUGGUUCAGGAGCAAACCAUCGAUCUGCUCAAGUUCUGCUUCUGUUGGUGAUCCCUGGUCAGCUCAUCUUCUUACACGUUAUCCACCUUAUGAAAGGAGGCCAGACUUUGCCCAGUCUUCUCCUGACUGUUGCCUUCCUGUCUGCUUCCCUGAUUCAGGUUUUUUUCCUAUUGUGUGCAGCCGACUGUAUGGUCCAUUCUCUAUGGCGGAGGGGUAAAGACCCAGACAGUUACUCGAUACCCUACCUCACAGCCCUUGGAGACCUACUAGGGACUGCUCUCCUCUCUCUUGCCUUUGUCAUGCUCUGGUGCGUCGGUGACUCAGGAAGUGUGUAGGUUCAAAAAGAAGAAAAAAAAAUCUACAUAUAUUUAAAGGCUAGAUGUCUCGUCCGCGUUGCCGGCCGACGGAGUUGGAACGUCCGCACAUGGCGGCCAUCUUGGUAGGAUGAGCUCGCUCACCCAUUACAUUUCGUUGGUAGUGAUACAUUUACGUUUUAAAUAACCAUAACUUGCUCAAUUUUCAACCAAUUUUUAUCGGUUUGGUUUGUUAUGAACGUCAGAGAUGUAGUUAUUAUUAUUAUUAUUUUAAGACAUCUAGCCUUUAUGUAUGUCACAGUGUGUUGGUCCUGCUGCUGUUUUAACAGAUCCAAUUGAUGCUGGGGGAGUAAAAACAUUUGUUGCAUGUGGUCCAUUUGACCUUCCCCGCUAUAUUGAUAAGGCUCACUCUAAAAGGAAUGGCAGCACCUGAUAAAGGUAAUAAAAAUCCCCUUAUCUGUUUGAAAGUCUUCUUCUUUGUCUGACCCUUCUUUAAUCAGCAACCAGCUUGAUGAGGGUCUUCUUCCUGAAUAAAUUGUACUGUUUGUUGGUUUAAAGGAAUAAUACCUCCCCUUGGAGAAAAUUAGUGGAGGGUGUCCUUGUAAGAAAUCAAAAGUAAUGUUAAGCUUGUUUGUGAUUAAGUAUUUAUUACAGAUUAACAUAGGAAAAUCAUAAAAAUACACAUGUCUUCAAACAUGAGCUAUAAAUACAGACAGGACCAGGAUUGUUUUGUCAGAACUUGGAGGAAGUAAAAUGUUCAGGCCCCACCACACAAGAAAAUUGUACAUUUUUUGGAAAUUUUAUUGAAAGAACAUUUUGUGAAAAACUGUAAACUAAAAUUGCUCAUAUAGAAAAAAACACAAAUACAUUGUACAACCAUCCAACA